AUGUGGCGUCAGUACCACCUCCUUACGCCGACGAACGCCGUGUUUGAUGCAGACCAGACACGUCCAGAACACAAGAGAUCGUGGUCCGUCCUCACUUUGGGACUGGGAGCUGUGCUGGCUUCCAUCCUCCUAGCUACCUCGGUCGCAAGCCUCCUUCAGAUCAGCAACCACCAUGCUCGGCACGACGUGAUUCCCUCACGGCAGUCACUUCACUCCUGUGGCCCAACGGCCGCCACGGCCCGCGAGCGGGGUUGCCAUUUCGACCUCAUGUCGGCCAGCUGGGUGCAGACGGAUUGCUUCGACAAGGAGCUGAUGCAUGAAUACGUCCAUGCCGGCUUCCACGAGCGGAACUGGACCUUCUGGAGGGACGAAGAGGGCAAGGCCGGGACCCAGAUGUCGAAAGACGAGAUCCUGUCCGGCGAGUGGGAGGUCAUCUGGGCGUCGGGGGACUUUCACUACGCCCACUGCGCCUACUUCUGGGAGAAGCAAUGGAGGCAGUUCCGCGCUGGCGGUUUGGUCGUGACUUUGGACUCACGGAUCCGGUUUCCGCACCACACCAAGCAUUGA